AUGUUUGAUAAGUCGCGAGCCCAGAGGUGGUGGGCUGAGAAUUGCGACAUGAUCAGGGAGCUUCUUAAUAUACAGACUUUAAAUCAACGUGUUUUCAUCACUCCUGCAAGGUCUGAUGAUAAUGAGAACUCGGGGGAAUCUGAACAAGAUGUCCCAAUGGCCUCAAUGCUGAACAUGGAUUCGACUCCGGGGAAUUUCCAUGCACCCGCUGGGAAUAUGGGGUAUUUCCAUGGUGGGUUAUCAAGGGCUAACAACCCUAUCGACAAUGACAUGGAUGCUGAAUGGGUUGAGCAGGAUGAUCCUGGAGUGUCAAUCACUGUGAAGAGGUCAGCUAAUGGGACUAGGCAAAUUCGCCGUAUCAAAUUCAGCCGGGAAAUUUUUGAUGCAGAUGCAGCCAAGGAUUGGUGGCUGCGCAACAGGAUUAAGGAUCUGGCGCUGAAGCUUUCAGGGAAGAAAAUCAAAGGUGGCACCUCCGAGAGCAUCAACGCAAGUUCAACCCCUGCUUUGGACUACACAAACCCCAAUCAAUCCCCAAUUGGUAACACCACCCCUGGAGGGCGUCAACCUCAACCACCAGCUGGUAGUGUAGCGUUGGUGGACAUGACUGGAUCCAACGAGUGGAUAGCACAGAUGGAGCCAGGUGUUCACAUCACUGUUGUGUCUCUUCCUAUUGGGGGCAAUGAUCUCAAAAGGAUUCGCUUCUUCCGAGACAUGUUUGAUAAGUCGCGAGCCCAGAGGUGGUGGGCUGAGAAUUGCGACAUGAUCAGGGAGCUUCUUAACAUACAGACUUUAAAUCAACGUGUUUUCAUCACUCCUGCAAGGUCUGAUGAUAAUGAGAACUCCGGGGAAUCUGAACAAGAUAUCCCAAUGGCUUCAAUGCUGAACAUGGAUUCGACUCGGGGGAAUUUCCAUGCACCCGCUGGGAAUAUGGGGUAUUUCCAUGGUGGGAUAUCAAGGGCUAACAACCCUACUGACAAUGACAUGGAUGUUGAAUGGGUUGAGCAGGAUGAUCCUGGAGUGUCAAUCACUGUGAAGAGGUCAGCUAAUGGGACUAGGCAAAUUUGCCGUAUCAAAUUCAGCCGGGAAAUUUUUGAUGCAGAUGCAACCAAGGAUUGGUGA